UUAUCAGUGAAUUUAAUAAAAUCUGUAAAUUUACAAAAAAAUUUUUAAGAAGUCAUGAAAACUUCACUUAUGUUGAGUGAGUGUUGGAUGCAAGGAAACAGUUAAUGAAAUUAAUCAAAGUACUGGAUUAAGUACCUUCGCGUGUCUUGAGAUUAUUAUACGACUUUCGUGUUUCUGUUUCGCCCAAUUUUCUAUGAGUGUGUGUAUAGCUAGCAAUUAUUCUGUGUUCAUCUAAACAUUCAUUCAACUAAACAGAAAUAAAACCUUUUUAAAAAUGGCGAAAAAGCGAGAAUGCAUAUCAAUUCAUAUAGGGCAGGCGGGCGUGCAAAUGGGGAACGCCUGCUGGGAGCUUUAUUGUUUGGAACACGGCAUCCAUCCAGAUGGGCAAAUGCCUGCUGAUACCACCGUGGGUUCUGGAGACGAUUCCUUUAAUGCGUUCUUCUCCGAGACAGGUUCAGGGAAGCAUGUUCCACGAGCAGUGCUGGUUGACCUCGAACCGACGGUUGUAGAUGAAGUUCGCUCAGGAACUUAUAGACAAUUGUUCCAUCCGGAGCAAAUGAUUACCGGGAAGGAGGAUGCGGCUAAUAAUUAUGCCAGGGGUCACUACACGAUAGGGAAAGAGAUUAUAGAUCUCACUUUGGAUAGAAUACGCAGAUUGACCGAGCAGUGCAAAGGCUUGCAAGGUUUUUUGAUCUUCCAUUCGUUCGGCGGUGGUACAGGAUCCGGAUUCUCAAGUCUGCUCAUGGAACAACUAUCUGCCGAUUAUCCGAAGAAAAGCAAACUGACUUUUAGCAUUUAUCCAGCACCACAGGUAUCGACUGCGGUAGUGGAACCUUACAACGCGAUUCUAUACACUCAUCCGACAUUAGAACAUAGUGAAGUGGCAUUCAUUGUAGAUAAUCAGGCCAUUUAUGAGUUAUGUAGGAGAAACUUGAACAUUGAUCGACCUACCUACACGAACCUCAAUCGGCUGAUUGGACAAAUGGUCUCUUCCAUCACCGCCAGUUUACGAUUUGACGGAGCUCUGAAUGUUGAUCUCACCGAAUUCCAGACGAAUCUUGUGCCUUAUCCAAGAAUCCAUUUUCCGCUUGCUACAUAUGCACCCGUAUUAUCAGCGGAAAAGGCCGGACAUGAAAGAGUGACCGUCUCGGAGAUAACAAGCUCCUGCUUCGAACCGAAUCAUCAAAUGGUGAAUUGCGAUCCGCGUAUGGGAAAAUACAUGGCAGUAUGUUUACUGUAUAGAGGCGACGUAGUGCCUAAGGAUGUAAACGAAGCAAUUGCGACAAUAAAACGGCAAAAACAUGUGCAAUUUGUUGAAUGGUGCCCGACGGGAUUCAAGGUGGGAAUAAAUUAUCAACCACCAACCGUUGUACCCGGUGGCGAUCUCGCUCGAGUGGAAAGAGCUGUAUGUUGCCUUUGCAACACAACAGCAAUCGUGGAUGCAUGGGCUCGACUCGAUCAUAAAUUCGAUCUCAUGUACGCCAAGCGAGCUUUUGUGCAUUGGUUCGUCGGGGAAGGUAUGGAGGAAGGUGAAUUCUCGGAAGCUAGGGAGGAUUUGGCCGCCUUAGAGCUCGAUUACCGCGAAGUGCAAGAAGACGCCGUUAACACUGAGGAAGAAGAAGAGUACUGAAUUACUGGCCAUUACAUCGAUUUAAUCUUAUGCAUCGAUUCAAUAUUUAUAUGCGUAUCCCAACAUAUCUUAUCUGAUAAUACGAAGCCUCUAGUUUACCUGUCACUAUUGGCGGUAUAUAUACGAACAAUCGUACCUAUAUAAAUAAAUUAUUUAUACAUUC